AUCGCUGGAACAGCCCUGUCACGCGGGAUUAGUAAAAGUUGGGAUCGGAGCUCCGGAAUGAGCGGAAAAGACAGGAGGACAGAGAGAGAGAGACAGAGAGACAGAGAGACACCAAAGUGGGACAAUUAAACGGACAAUUCAUCAGCUUCACACUGGACGUUAAACUCUGACUGGCAGAGAAAGCGCUUCGCGUCCGGCUGACAGAGAGACACGGCGAGAGACGGAGGGACGCAGGGGGAGGAGAGGGCGCAGACGACUUUCUCUCAAGUUGAAGCCCACAUUUCGCCCGUCAAACUGCCGGAGGACGAGGGGCUAACGGCUCGUAUGUGUUGGACCCUGUCGAGCCGCGUUUGAGCGACGCCUUUGAGUCCAACUAAAUAAAAGUUUGAAGUUCGGCGCCGCUGCAGUCGGUAAAUGCUGUGACGUUAGAGGAGAGCAUAAAUUGCUCCAGCGGUCGACGGUCGAGUCGGCGGGUUUAAACCCGAGCUGUCAAACCCGAUGACGACCGCCAACUGCCCCGGGAAUGAGGAGCUGGACUUCCGACUGAUUUUCGGUGAGGACGGGCAGCAGCAGCCGUUAGGCCCCGCAGGUCAGUGGCUUUCCCCGCGUGCGCCAGAUUUGGAGCCCGAUGACAACACGUCGUUUUACAUCUUAAAUAUGGGCCAGCCCCAGUCUAUGGUCACCAACCACCAGUCUAUCGGCCUGCCUCGUCAUGGCAUGCAGUCCCACUCCCAGAUCAUCAACACCUCCCAGCGCCAUCACUCCCACAAACCAAGCUCCGAGCUUCCGAGCUACGGGGCCCAUGACUCCAAGUAUGGAGGCUCCCCUCUGCUGCCCUCUGCUCCCUUGGAAGCGCCAAAGGCCUUUGAGUGCCCAAGUAUCCAGAUCACCUCCAUCUCCCCCAGCUGCCAGCAGGAGAUGGACGCCAAUGACGAUGAUCUGAGAGCCAAUGGUCCCGACGGGGACUACCACUGCGAUAGGCCCCUGUCCAGAGACCACCUUUAUUUGCCCCUGGACCACUCGUACCGGGACUCUUCGCUCAGCCCGAGUCCGUGCAGCAGCCUCUCCUCCAGGAGCUGGUUCUCCGACGCCUCCUCUUGCGAAUCGUUCUCACACGUCUACGACGACGUCGACUCGGAGCUCAACGAAGCCGCGGCCCGCUUCACCCUAGGCUCCCCUCUCACCUCCCCCGGCUGUGUCUCCCCGCAAACCGGCGGCGGGGUUCUAGAGGAGCAGCCCCACUGGCAGCACCAGCACCCCGCCUUCGUGCACUCCAUCAGCCUGUCGCCCCGCCAGUCCCCCUGUCACUCGCCGCGCACCAGCGUCACUGACGAAAACUGGCUGAGCCCGCGACCCCCUUCCAGGCCGUCCUCGCGUCCCACCUCACCCUGCGGCAAGCGGCGGCACUCCAGCGCCGACAUCUGCUACCCCGGCUCGUUGUCGCCUCACCACUCGCCCACGCCCACACCGGGACCUUCACCGAGGGGCAGCGUGACAGAGGACACCUGGUCGGGCAGUCCUUCGGUGUCACCCUUCCAGUGUUGCCCAUCCGAGGCGGACAUCCCAUCCAAGACAAGGAAGACCUCACAAGACAGAACGUCCAUGCAGACCGGGAAAGGGGAGCUGGGGCCACAUGACCAAGGAAAUAUGUCUCCUAAUCUGGACUCUCCUUCAGACGACGGCUUGCACAGCCUGAAAAAAGAUGGGCCCGGGGAACAGUUCCUUUCAGUGCCCUCUCACUUUUCGUGGAAUAAACCCAAACCUGGUCAUACACCUAUAUUCAGGACAUCUUCACUGCCUCCACUGGAUUGGCCACUUCCAAGCCAGUUUGGCCAGUACGACCUGAAGAUAGAGGUACAACCCAAAGCCCACCACCGAGCGCACUACGAGACUGAGGGCAGCCGAGGAGCUGUCAAAGCAGCGUCGGGAGGACACCCCAUCGUCAAGCUCGAUGGCUACAGUGAGAAGCCCAUCAACCUGCAGAUGUUCAUCGGAACAGCAGACGACCGUUACCUGAGGCCGCACGCCUUCUACCAGGUGCACCGGAUUACUGGGAAAACCGUAGCCACAGCCAGCCAAGAAAUCAUAGUCUCCAGCACCAAAGUUCUCGAAAUUCCUCUCCUGCCUGAAAACAACAUGUCCGCCGGUAUCGACUGUGCUGGCAUCCUUAAGCUGCGAAACUCAGACAUCGAGCUGCGGAAAGGGGAGACGGAUAUCGGGAGGAAGAACACGCGGGUCCGCGUGGUGUUCAGAGUGCACAUCCCCCAGCCCAACGGGAAGGUGCUGUCGCUGCAGGCGGCCUCUAUUCCUGUGGAGUGCUCCCAGCGCUCGGCUCAGGAGCUGCCCCAGGUUGACAAAACCAGCCUGACCAGCUGUCUGGUCAGCGGGGGAGAAGAGAUGGUCAUCACCGGCUCCAACUUCUUCCCAGAGUCCAAGGUGAUCUUCCUGGAGAAAGGCCCAGAUGGACGACCACAAUGGGAAGUUGAAGCAAAAAUAAUGCACGAGAAAACUCAAGGAUCGUGCAUUGUGGUGGAGGUCCCUCCCUACCACAGUAAGUCUGUGGGCUCAGCGGUGCAGGUGCAGUUCUAUGUCUGCAAUGGCAAGCGGAAAAGGAGCCAAUCCCAACGCUUCACUUACCUUUCAGUCAUGGUGAAGCAGGAACAUAGAGAAGAGCUGGACCUUUCUGCAGUGCCCCCUAUGUCCAUGCCCCUGGCACAUCCUGCCAGCCUGGUGCGUCCCCAGCUGCCUUCUCCCGAGCAGUGCCACCCAUCGGACAACCUUCUGUCCAGCUCUCCUCACGGCCUGGCCACCGGCACCGGACCUGGCCUGCUACCCUUGCAGGCCCCCUGCUCCUCCCUGGGCUCUCCAUCUUUCCAGCACCUGCCUCACCUCCAGGGUCACAGCUUGCACCACCCCCCUGCAGACUGCCACAUGACGUUCCACCCGAGCCCUGCCCCUGAUCCUCUCCCUGCUCCUCCCCGGCCCUCCUACCAGUCUAUGCAGCACAGUCACAGCCACAGCCUGCCCUUCAACGGCCAGGGCAGCUUUCCUCCUCAUGGCUACGAGAGGAUGCCUUUUCAGCACAGCCCCAGUGCAGUGUCACACCCAAUAAGCACGGGAAUGGUGUACCCGUCCCCCGCUUGCUCCUCGCCAUCAGCUCCCUCUUCUUCAACCACCAACCCCAUUGCCGGAUCCCCCCAGAGCCAGCAACCCAUGCUCGCGCCCUCCUCCCCACACCUGCACUCAUCCCCACACCUGCACACCUACCACUGCUCCCUAAGUCCCACCCGGGUCCCGUCCCCCGGGGGCCACCUGCUUGCAGGGCAGCACUCCUCCCAACUGCAGAGAGCUAUGGGCUACCACCCUGUAGGUCAAAGGUCUGCCUCGUGCCCCGCACCGUCUAGCGCCCCUGCUCCAAGGAUGAUCCCCUCUCCCAACUCUGGGCCUUCCUCCCCUCAGCUCCACUCGCUGCCCUACCAGUCUUCCACCUCAUCCUCCCCCACCUCUGGUGGCAGUCCCCUGGGGGCCAUGCAACAGCAGCGUUCAGGACAGCCCUCUCCCCAGGCCACAAGACCAGUCGUGGCCAGCCUGUCCCCGGUGGCAGCAGGGCCUCUUGUUCACCCUCUGAGUCCUCAUGGGCCGUUCUCACCGGACGGAGAGACGCCGAACAUCAAACAGGAGCCAGAGGAGAGGGAGCCCACCUUCCGCUCCAUCGGCCUACAGGACAUCACGCUGGACGAUGUGAAUGAAAUCAUCGGCAGAGACAUGUCCCAGUCCCCCGGCACGCAUGGUCCUCCACCAGCACACAGCCAGUCAUAGCCCAGCUCACGCUCGGGCCCAGACGCAGCAUUUAGGAUCAAGAACCACCUCCUCGCGCUCUGGUCCAGGCUGCGGUCAAAGACAGAAUACGGUUGCAGAUUCUGUUAAAAAAGCCUCGUGGACCUUCUACACCAGCAGCCUGACAAGAAGACAAUUUGUCUCCUCCGAUUUUGUUUUAAACGAUUUCUCUCAUUUAGAGUUAUAGAAAGAACCCACACAGAUUAAAUAAAAGGUGUGCAGAAUGAUGCCCCUGUUGAGUCACGGCGAGGUUGAAAUGUUUGGUGUCUAAGAAGUGACCCGUCCCUCGUCAUGAGGCUUGUAGCUGCCCUGUCUUCCUGACCAAUCGGCUCGCCGCGACAUAUUAAAUGAACAUCAGGACACCAAAAACUCUACAAAACAUCAGCAAAACGGUGGUCGGGCAAACUAAAUUGGAACACUGAAAAUGAGUAAUUCGUACAAUUGUAGCGUCACAUUAAGAUCAAAACAUUGAAUGAUCAUAAUUUCUCAAAAGCUUUUGUAACACAUUUGAAUUGCAAUAUGUGUCUGAACAUACAGUUUUUCAACCGUGGCUCGUUGAUGACAACAUUGCCCACUUGUUGAUCCUCUCCCUUUUAGAUGAUUAAAUCAUCAGGUCUGGAGCGCGAGGACCCAGCAGGGAGGCAGUGCUCCUGGUGGUUGCGCUGGUCUGGGAUCUGCAACUCGCAACAUUCCACAACUUUUAGUAACCUUGCCUCUGCGUAGAUAUUAGUACAUGAAUCCACUCCUGUAGCUAUUUUCUUUCUUCUGUCUAUUCUGUCUCAUCAUUUAUGUCCUGCUUCUCCUGUAUCUCUUCAUCUUCAAGUUGAACAAAUGCCUUAUUAACACUUAGCAGCUUUGAAUGGUAGCUAAAACUCUUCUUUCUCCUUUGAGCGUGAUGACGAUAUUGUUUUCAGAAAGAGGAUUUUAUGAGGGAUGGGUGGGUUUCAGGCCUGAGACAGCCCUCUAAUUUGUACUCAAAGAUAUUUGAAGAUGCCUGUUAAUCCCGAGUUACAAAGAAGUGUUUUUAAUAAUCCACGUAGAGCGACGUCCCUGUCUCUGAAAUGUAUUUUCAUGCAAUAACUCCCCAAACCUCCCAGGGGGCCCUAGUGUGCCUUUCGAAUUCCUAACAGCCACCACACCAGCGUGGUAAGACAGUUAAUGGAAAAGGAAAGUUUUAAAGUAUUUUAUAUCCAAAAGACAUUUAUAUAUAGAGCAUAUAUGUAUUAUUCCCCCUGCUUUCAUCAACAAGAUUAAAAAAAAAAAAAAAAAGAA